AUGUCGCCAGCGCAGGACCCCGCGACGGGAGAAACCGGCAGCGCCCGCCGGCAUGCGCAUUCGCUGUCGGGCACCGUCGCGACGCGGCCUCGGCGCACGACUGCACAGAGCGACAUCCACGAGACGAUACUGCACCCCGGCACCGUGAAGAUCAACGUGCAGGGCGCCUUUAUCGUCGACGAGGAGCAGCCCGGCACCCCGCAGAGCGAGGACUACGAGCACGACCCCAAGGACAUUCGCCUGCCCAACCACACGGCCGUCGUGAGCCACAUUGCCGUUGACAUUGGAGGUUCUCUUGCGAAGCUCGUCUACUAUUCGCGCGAGCAUGGCGAUAAUACCCUGGGCGGCCGGCUGAACUUCCUCAAGUUCGAGACCGACCGCAUAGACACAUGCAUCGACUUUAUGCGCAAGCUGGUCUCGGACCACAGAGCUAAUGGGACGGCUGCCAGCGACAUCUGCGUCAUGGCCACGGGCGGCGGCGCGUACAAGUACUACGACAAGAUUACAGAAGCGCUGGGUGUUGAGGUUAUCAGAGAAGACGAGAUGGAGAGUCUGAUCACAGGUCUUGACUUCUUCAUCAACGAGAUCCCCAAUGAGGUCUUCACAUACAGCGAGGACCAGCCCAUGGAGUUCGUCGCACACCCACCGGACCCACCCAACAUCUACCCCUACCUGCUCGUCAACAUCGGCUCGGGCGUGUCCAUGGUCAAGGUCUCAGGCCCCCAGAAGUUCGAGCGCAUCGGCGGCACAUCGCUCGGAGGCGGGACCCUCUGGGGGCUGCUGUCCAUGCUGACGGGCGCACGCAGCUUCGACGACAUGCUGCGGCUGGCCGAGAAGGGCGACAACUCGACCGUCGACCUGCUGGUCGGCGACAUCUACGGCCAGGCGUACAACAAGAUCGGGCUGAAGAGCACACACAUCGCGUCGUCGUUUGGCAAGGUCUACAAGAAGAAGCGCGCUGCCGAGCGAGACGCCGAAGACGGGUGCAACGGCGACUUCAAGCGCCGCGGAGAGGAAGAGCACGUCGAAGGCUCGUCGGAAAUGCAGCACUCGCCGAGCGGCUUCGCGCCCGAGGACAUCUCCCGCUCGCUGCUGUACGCCGUGUCGAACAACAUCGGCCAGAUAGCGUACCUGCACGCCGAGAAGCACGGGCUCGAGCGCAUAUACUUUGGCGGCUCGUUCAUUGGCGGCCACGCGCAGACGAUGAACACGCUGUCCUACGCCAUCCGCUUCUGGUCCAAGGAGAGCAAGCAGGCCUACUUCCUCAGGCACGAGGGGUAUCUCGGCGCGGUUGGAGCGUUCCUCAAGAGGCAGCCGCGGAACUGGGGGAGAAGGGAGAGUUUCCAGGGCACCAGGCCUGCUUUUUGA